AUGUCCUCUCCAUCAACCGUCGUGUUGAUCACCGGUACCCAUCUACCUUCCCUCCCCCCGGGCCCUACCCCGGCCUUCUCCCUUCCACUUACAUACCUCGUUCCAAGUGCCAAUUCCGGCAUCGGCUACGCAGCGUCCAAAGUCAUCAACCCUGCCUCGGCAAAACACCACAUCAUAAAAGCAAGCCGCUCCAUAGAAAAAGGCAACGCAGCCAGCUCAGCCGUCUCAGGGUCCGGCAUCAAAGGCACAACAUCCAGCAUCCAGCCCGACGUCACCGACGCAUCAUCCGUCGCCGCGGCGGUCCAGCGGGUCGAAAGCGAACAAGGCCGUAUGGACGUACCGGUGAACAACGCAGGCAUACACUCGCAAGCCGCGACUCCCAAGGGCCCAACUCGAAAGCACCUUCGACACCAACGUCAUCGGCGCGGCUCCCCGUCGCGGAAGCGUUUACGCCCCCUUGUUGCUGGACUCGGCGAACCCACCGGCGACGGUUUCGAUUCCGGGCGUGACGCUCGGGCGUACGGGAUGAGCAAAACGGCGCUGGAUAUGCUCGUGGUGCUGGAUGGCACGGCGCUGGAGAAGCAGGGGGUGGAGAACCAAUCAAGAGACACAUUCAGGAAGAAAGCGAACUUGCCUCCCUUGACUCAAAUCUUGGCCAACGAGACUUACCCGGAAUCCCGUCAUCCGGUCCCCCGAGUGCAAUGUCAGCGCAACUUUCAGUAA